CUCAACCUGUUGAGUGUUUUGUCUUUGCUAACUGGAGUACAAGGAACAGAAGUAGGAAGUAGGAUUUGUGCUUGUCUAUGUUUAUAAUGGGUUUGCUGAGAGCAUGUUUUAUAAGGUGAUGGGUGCAUCUGACUUCCUAACUCAUCCGUGGGCUUAAUUUACGUAACAAAUGAAUGUUCUUUUUUUUUUAAGCUUCUAAAAGAGGAAAUUAGUGGGCUGCUGCAAGUAGCUUGUUUCAUAUGCUGUACAGGAAGUGAGAUGAUCGCUGCUCACUGCAGAAUAUCCCUCAAAUAAUAUUCCUUCAAGAUUUGUGUCCAGUCCAAGUUGAUGGUUAGGGUAAACCGGAAGAACUUUAAAUGCUUGGGACAUGUGUGGCGGCUCAGCGAAAACCACAAACCAGCCAGGGGCCUGGCCAGAUUCGCCCAGAUGUGUGAGUGAUGCUGGCUCUGCUGCGGGCAGGAUUUACAAGACGUUUUUAUGCACAAAGAUUCAGAAACGUGCCUGGGUUGGCAGAGGCACUGAUCACACGGAACUGGACAACAGCUGGUCAUGUUCAGAGCUUGACCUGAGUGAGAUCCGCCUGAUAGUUUACCAGGACUGUGAGAGGAGGGGCAGACAAGUCUUGUUUGAUUCCAAAGCUGUUCAGAAGAUUGAAGAGGUGGCAGCUCAGGUGGAGCUGUUGGUGAGUAACCGGACAGGAGCUGACCGUGGGCUGAGACUAUUGCUCCAGGGGAGUGUGCUGAAAGCGGGGGAUGUCACCGGCAGGACGUCGGCCAGGAGCUGGCAAGGAAACAGCAGCAUCUCCUCCUGUAGUUCUUCGGGGGGACCUUCACACCACGUGAAGGAGCAGCUGCCAAGGUACCAGUACACGAGACCGGCUUCCGACAUCAACAUGCUUGGGGAAAUGAUGUUUGGCUCGGUUGCCAUGAGCUACAAAGGCUCCACCCUGAAGAUCCACUACAUACGUUCUCCUCCACAGCUGAUGAUUAGUAAAGUCUUCUCUGCUAGAAUGGGUAGCUUCUGUGGGAGCACAAAUAACUUGCAAGACAGCUUUGAGUACAUCAACCAAGAUGCUCAUGCGGGAAAACUGAACACAAACCAGAAUAGUUUGGGUGCUUGUCGCACUGGAAGUAACCUAGGUCUGGUGCAGGCCUGUAGCAGCAAACUGCUGCAGGGCGUGGCUGAAGGAGGACCUCUCCGGCUCACCCGUAGUGCUUCUUUCUUUGCAGCACACAGCACCCCAGUGGACAUGCCAAGCCGAGGACAGAAUGAAGACAGAGACAGUGGCAUUGCCCGAUCAGCUUCACUGAGCAGCCUUUUGAUCACACCCUUCCCCUCGCCGAGCUCCUCCGCAUCCUCUUCCAGCAGUUAUCAGCGCCGCUGGCUGCGGAGUCAGACGACGAGUUUGGAAAAUGGCAUCAUCCCAAGGUGGUCAACUGAUGAGACAUUCAGCUUGGCUGAGGAAACCUGUAGUUCUAAUCCAGCCAUAGUUAGGAGGAAGAAAAUUGCCAUAAGCAUCAUCUUUUCCCUCUGUGAGAGAGAAGAAGCCCAGCGGAAUUUCCAGGACUUCUUUUUUUCUCAUUUUCCCCUGUUUGAAUCUCACAUGAACAGGUUGAAGAGUGCAAUUGAAAAGGCCAUGGUCUCCUGUAGGAAGAUAGCAGAGUCCAGUCUCCGCGUCCAGGUCUAUGUCAACCGCCUGAUGGAAGCACUGGGAGAAUUCAGGGGGACUAUCUGGAAUUUAUAUUCUGUUCCAAGGAUAGCUGAACCCGUGUGGCUUGCCAUGAUGUCGAGCACUUUGGAGAAAUCCCAGCUCUGCCAGCGCUUUCUCAAGGAGUUUACACUUCUGAUAGAACACAUCAACAAAAACCAGUUCUUUGCUGCCUUACUGACUGCAGUGCUGACCUACCACCUGGCCUGGGUGCCGACUGUCAUGCCUGUGGAUCACCCCCCCGUCAGAGCCUUCUCCGGGAAGCGCACCUCGCAGUCAGUGAACUCUCUGGCCAAGACGCAUCCCUAUAACCCUCUCUGGGCACAGCUGGGUGACCUCUAUGGAGCUAUAGGCUCCCCUGUGAGACUGACGCGCACCGUGGUGGUGGGGAAGCAGAAGGACUUGGUCCAGCGCAUUCUGUAUGUCCUGACCUACUUUCUACGCUGCUCUGAGCUGCAAGACAACCAGCUGACCUGGAACGGGAGUCCCAGUGAAGGUGACCAGGUCAUCAACGGCAGCAAGAUUGUGACAGCCUUGGAGAAGGGAGAGGUGGAGGAGUCCGAGUACGUUGUGGUCACAGUGAGAAACGAGCCUGCCCUUGUGCCCCCCAUCCUGCCACCCCUGACAACAGAGAGAAGGGGUCCUGGUCCCACAGGGUUAGCUGGGGCCCCGGAUGGUGCUGUCAGACCCGACCGAGAAGGAGGCCGGAGGCCACCGCAGAGCUCUGAGGCUUGCAGCAGGGUGUUCCCGGGGCCAGUGCUAGACAGCACUUGGACCCCACAGGGCGUGUUCUGUGGGGAUGGAGACAGUGAGAAAGCAGCACCCCUAGCCGGCUCCUCCGAACCUUCCUGCUGUGAGGGGCCGGGGGCACGGAUGGAAAUUGAUCCCCACACUGCCUGGGAGGAGACGAACGAGGAGGUGCCCAAGAAACUGCCAGAGCAGUCCUCAGCCUGGCCGUGCCCCGACCGGCGGUCCCGGGAGGAGCCUCGGGCAGAAAGAGUCACUUUCCAGAUCGGAAGCUCUGUGUCUCCAGAGUCUGACUUUGAAAGCCGCACCAAAAGAAUGGACGAGAGGCUGACGGGCUGCAGACGGCAUCCAGAGGCAGCCGGCACCCCGGAGGCCAGGGAGGCCAGGGCAGCUGUCAGCGUGGCUUGGGAUGGGCGGGCCUCCGGGUGCUCCUGCAGAGCUGCCGUCCAGAAGGGGGUGGGCUGUCCAGAGGCCCGGCCCCCUGGCCCAGGGGAGGGUGAGUCCGGCAGGGCCGUGGCUGGGGACGGAGGCGUUGGGACAGACGCGGCAGCGACAGGUGCUGCCGGGCAGCUCCGCCACUCUCUUAGCCCUGCCUCGGGAGCUGGGAGGACAGCGCCAGAGAAAACCAGGGGUUUGCACUUGAAAGACGCGGAAGGACCUCCGCGGGUGCCUGCUCUGGACAAGGCUGUGCCGCAGGACUGUGGGCUCCUGGUGGCUGCCGGCACCCGCCCUGGGCAUGCCCGCGGGAAAACCGGCUGCAGGGCCGAAGGAGACCUUCCCAGAAGCGAGAGCUCGGACAGCGCCCUUGGAGACAGUGAAGAGGAAGCGUGCACGGCCGCCGCCCUGGGUCCGGGACGCCGCGGGCACAGGACUGAGGCGGAGAAGUGGAGAGAAGAAGUGGAGCUGCCUCUGCCAAGGUCUCAGAGCGCCAGCAACCCGAAUGCAGGAAACUUCGGCCGCUCUCUUUUGGCGGGUUACUGCCCCACCUACACGCCCGACCUGGUGCUUCAUGGGACCAGCACCGACGAGAAGCUGAGGCAGUGCCUGCCGGCUGAUCUGGCCCACACAGUGCAUCACCCAGUGCUUGACGAGCCCAUAGCGGAGGCCGUCUGUAUUAUUGCGGACACGGACAAGUGGAGUGUCCAGGUGGCCACGAGUCAGCGGAAAGUGACGGACAGCAUGAAGCUGGGCCAGGACGUCCUGGUCUCCAGUCAGGUGUGCAGUUUACUUCAGUCCAUUCUGCAGCUUCACAAGCUUCACCUCCCUGCUGAUUUUUGCAUCAUGCAUCUAGAAGACAGACUGCAGGAGCUGUACCUUAAAAGUAAGAUGCUGUCCGAGUAUCUCCGGGGACACACGCGCGUCCACGUGAAGGAGCUGGGUGUCGUGCUGGGGAUUGAAUCUAAUGACCUGCCUCUGUUGACUGCUAUCGCCAGCACACAUUCUCCUCAUGUGGCUCAAAUACUACUAUAAGCUAAAGCUCAGGACACUUCUUCCUUGGAAGAAGAAAAAUUCUCAGCUGCAAGAGAAAGGAAUAAGCUCUCUGGACGUCCAGCGUGAGAAGAGCAAGCAGAAACCAUUCCGCUGUGUGUCUUGCACUGUUGCUUUCAGGUGGAUGCUUAUUGGAAGACUUAUGUUGGCACGGCACAGUGGCAUUUGUGACUUCAGGAGGCCUUUCUGCCUUUCGUUCCCAUGACUCAGCAGAGCCAGCCUGCUGGCGGAGGGGCACAGCACUACAGAGCGCUCGCUGCCGCGCUGCCAGGCGGGGCGAGGGGCGAGGGGCACUGUGUCAUUCUAGCAGCAGCGCCCAGCAGGCGGGUGCUGCACACGAGCCGGGCGGGCGCGCUGUUCUAGAGACCGCGGUCCUCAGGCCAGGCGGGAAAGCCAUGCCACUGGCCACUGCCCCCAGCUCUGGCUGCAGCAGCUGCCGUGGGGAACAGAGGGUGCUGGGGCGCUGUCCCCUUUCUGUUCAGUUUACUUGACUCAGGUGCAACCACAGGGAGUCAGAGAUGGAGCACUGGUGCGAGGUCUGUAUCUUGGGGAGAGGCGCUCAGCAGAGGACUGCAGGGAGGGGAGGGCUCCCGCCGGCCACCCCUUCCUGUGAGCGCUGCCGAGGACCAGGCUGUUUGAGGCACGGCUGGCUGGGUGGGAGCGAGGUCUGCAGCAGUUCCUUCGCAUAUUUCAGACAAUCCAUAUCUGAUCUGGAUUUUUACAUUAUCACCUCUGCACCUUCUGAUUCCUAUGUCCUUUUCAAAAUGACUUUACAGAAUUUCACUUGACCGUCAUAUAAAGCUUACCAAAGUGAAGAAUUAUUGUUCUAGUUCACUUCUAAAAACCUUAAUUUUCUGUUACCAUAAAGAGACUUGGUUUGCUGACCAUGAAACAGACUGUGUGCUCACCUCUAGAGUAGAGUGGAAGACUUUUAACCUCUGACUGCGGAAAGGCAGGAGCAGUGGUAAAGCCAGCUGCUGCCGCACUUCAUGUGUCCCUGGCCUUGAGAACAGGAGGGAGCUCUCGGGGGGAGCUGGCUGGCUGAUGGAGCCAUGAGUGACAUAAGUCUGUCUCUGUUCUUUCGCGAAUACAAGUCCGUUGUUGAUGCGUGAGUCGGCCAGCUGCCCGGGAGGCAGGCAGCGCUGAGGACCAGGCAGAGCUGUUCCCCCUCCGCCCGCUAAGAAGAGGUCAGUGGGUGCCCCAAGGCCUGUAAGAUUUUUAAAUUUUCUUUGACGUCUUUCACAAAAUCGAAGUUUCCCUUUCUUUUGAAUCUUUGCUGUUGUGCCUGAGGGAGAGAACGCACCCUCCCUGGGUCCUGCCCCCGGCAUCUGCUUUCCCUUCUGUGUGAAUAAGCAGGUGGCAGCCUUUCCCUUGGUCCGGUCUGCACCGCCCAGCGCAUUCCCUUGUUUACACCUGUGGGCACUUUGCCUCGUUCAGAGGAAAGGACAGGAUACAGACUCACUUCUGUUCUGUUCAGGUGUGUACCCAGGAGCAUGUGAAAUUAGCCCCAUCCAGGGGAAACUGACUUUAACCGGCUGAUUCUCAACUCCAUGUACAAAAUAUUUAGCCCAGACCUUCAACCGGAGAAAACUGGCCCCUAGAGUGUUGUUCCGGACUGCCCUGGGGAGAAGCUGGCAGGAGCUGCUCUCGGUCACAGUGGGGUUUGCCUCGGUGGUGGGAUUCCAGUCAGAGCCUGAUCCUCAGGUCUGUUACCUGUGAAACAGACCGGGAAUGCUGCUGCCCCUGUAGCCCUCCUCUGAACCCUGCCGUUCACAUUUUCUUUGUUUAAAUUCAACCUCUUCCCAAAAGUGAGAGAGAAUCCUCAUGGACUUGUGUCGAGAUGCGCCUGCUGCUCCUCCACACACCUGGGUUCCAUCCACCUUGGCCGCUGGGCCAGAAAGGGACUUGCUCUCCCCCGUGCCCACCGUGCGAUAAAAUAAAAAUCAAAAAAAUAAGAAAUCUACCUCAGUUGACAGAUUCGACCUCUAGGGUUUUUUUCAACUUGUGAGUCUUACCUGUUGAGUGGAACUUUCGCAGCGUCUUGCUUUUCUGAGCAAGCUAGCGAGGCACAACAGAGCAGAAGGACUUCAGUCACUGUGAUGGGCCUCUCCUAGCAUAUUGCAGUUUUAUUUUUAACAAACUGAUAAGUGAUAUGAAUGUAAAGGUAAUUGUGCGCAUUUUAAACACGACAAUGAAAAUUUAAAAUGUAGCUUCCAGACUUGUGCAUAAUUCCAAAGUAUUUUAUUUUUAUCAGUGUUAAAUAGCUUUUUGUACAGGCUUCAAUCCAUUUUUCUGAAAUGUGCUGUUUUUUAAUGAAAGUAACUAUAAUCUUUUCACAUCCCAUGGAACUGCUGUUUACACAUUGCAACUUUUUAAACUUAACCAUAUUUUUCCGAAUUAACUUUUUUGGAGGGAGGAAAUUCCCCACUUGCUAAAUGAUACUAAACUGUCGUUUGGGCUCUUAUAAUUAGGUCCUCAGAUUUUAUAAAAGGGUAGUCUGUAGCUUUCUAGGUUCUUCACUAACUAAAGUUGGUUGUACAUAAAUAAUAGAGUGACACCCAAAAUCUUUUAAAUAUCUGGGUUUUCCACUAGCGACAUAGCGUGGAGAGUAUUUUGUUCAUGCAUACUUUAGCCAUUAAAUUGGACACAUCUUGAGCUUCUCUUAGUUAAUGCGAACCGUUUGUUUUUUUUUAUUGUACUUGAGACAGGAUAUUUUAAUAUAAUUUUUGCCUAAAUCAAACAGCCCACUCUAAAUGUUAAUUUUUAAAUGUCAGACUUUGGUGAGCCAUCUCUUUGGGAAGUAAGAUUACAGUAUGCUUAAUUUUCAGUGGUGGCUAAAGACAAAAUUCUGGGAUUUGUUACUAUUAAAGCUUCAUUAAGAGAAAUUGAUAGAGACUUUCUAUUUUUUGAUCAACUGAAUGGAUACCAAUGUCAGUGUAUGGGAAACUUUUCUUAAAACUUGUUCAUGUAUUCUUUUGAUCCAUUUUCUGUGGCAUUUGGUGCAAUAAACCUUUGGAAUUUAUCUUGAA